AUGACCAAAGCUGAGCUAGUCUUCAUUCCUUCACCAGGUAUAAGCCACCUGGUAUCCAUGGUAGAGGUGGCUAAGCUUCUUGUAGACUGUGAUGAGAGGCUUUCAGUCACCUUCCUCGUCAUGAGUCUACGUUUUGAUUCCAAAGUUGAUUGCUACGUUGAUUCAGUAAGUGCAGCUUGCAAACGUAUACAGUUCAUUGACUUGCCUAAACAUGUGCCUGAUCCAAACCAACCCAGCAAGUUUCUUUUUUCAUUGAUUGAAGCCCAGAGACCCCAUGUCAAAGAAGAAGUCUCUAAGCUUGUGAGUCACUCCGAGUUAAGUCAGGACUCGCCUAGACUUGCUGGGAUUGUUCUUGAUAUGUUUUGUACAUCAAUGAUAGAUGUGGCCAAUGAAUCUGGUGUUCCCUCUUAUGUUUUCUUUACAUCAGGUGCAGCUUUUCUUGGUCUUGAGUUUUAUAUUCAGGCUCUUCUUCGUGACGAGUUUGACUCCACUGAGUUAAAGGACUCGGCUGCUGAGUUGGUCAUGCCGUGUCUGACAAACCCACUUCCUGCUAAGGUCUUGCUUUUUUAUCUACUUGACAAAGAGUGGCCUGUUUUCCUUAGAGACACCAGAAGGUUUAGGGACAAUAAGGGUAUUAUUGUAAAUACAUUUGAAGAGUUGGAAUCCCAUGCUGUGGACCCAUUUUCUAAUUCUCCAGAUAAUCUACACCUCAGACAAAGAAUAACCCUCAAAGGUUACUGGGAGUGA